AUGGCGCAGAAACCGCUCAGCACCACGGCCGCAGAGCGCAUGAACCUUGUGGCCCAGGACGAGAUCUGGAAAUACCGUCUGAGGGCUGAAUCUGAGGCCCGGCAAAACUGGCCAGCAAAGUGGGGAUAUUUAACAACUUCCAUGAAAGAGCUGCUCGAGGGUGAAGAAGAGCCACAAACCCCCAAGCCCAAGAUUGAGCUGCCCAGCCACUUCCGUGUCCGUCCAGUGAGCCCCAUGGACAAAUACAUCAAGAUUCUCCCAUCACCCCCAGUCCCCAAGACCACCCAGGGCUUCAUCGGAUGGCGAUCUGGCAUGCCAGCCCUGUACUGCUUGGAGCGGUACACAGAGGUCCGCAGCUGCAAAGGGACUUAUGCGCGGGAGCUGUGCUGGCCUAGGCAGGGCGUGCACUGA